AUGCUUUCGCAGUUUGAUACCUAUUCUCCACUCCUUUCUGCUAUACCAACUACUAAACGUUUUACAUCUCAAAUCUCGAAAGUUUAUCGCCAAGCUUCGGCUCUCUUUCUUACUCGACGCUUGCCUGAAUCGCUCUCCACACUUCUCCCAAUACUCAUUUCACCGUCCGAUUCCCCGGAUCCAUCACUCGUUUUCGGAGCUAGCAAAGUAACUCGUGUCAAAGUUUGGUCCUUAUACUUGACUAUAUUAAAUGCCAUCUGUGAACUACCGCCUGAUGAAGGUAAACAGGUGUUUGGGCUUUCGGAAUUCCGUACACUGAUUACCAAAGUACGAGAAGGAUUUGUGUGGGAUGAAGUUGUCAAACAUGGGUAUGGAGGCUUAGAAGGUGCCGUUGAUACGGAUGUGAUUAUCAAUUUAGCUACACUCCUUCUUGCCCACGCACGUACUCAAAAAAUAAGUCAAGCCCGCCUUGAAACUUACUUGGCUUCUAUGACAAAUCCAGACUUCGACCAGAUCUGUGUUUCACCUGCUCGCACACACUCCUACAGUCACAGCCUUAAAUCGAAUGGCGGCGGAACAAAAACACCCCGGGAACUUGUGUCGCUUGUCAAGGUCUUAGAACUCUACACCCUACACGUUCUCCUACGAAAUAACGAAUGGGAGUACGCUCGAGACUUCAUCACUAUAUCACCUAUCUUAGAUGAGGAGAGACGGGAUGCAUUUCUACAGGCACUCCAAAGCCUCCAGGAUGAGCAAGCAGCUAUAGUUAGAAAAGAAAAAUGUGAUGAACUCCGACGAGAGUGCGUCGAACAAAUAGUAGAAGAAAAGAGAAGUCAAGAAUCUGAACAACAGGUAAAAGCUUCAAGAGUCGGAACAGAAGUAGAUAAUGAUUGCAACAAAACUCGAGAAACUGAGUCUGUCGCUGAAGACAAGUUAAGCGGUCAACCUAUAGCUCGAAUUUCAGCUGCAUCAAAAGCCUCUAUGACGAAGAAAACUUCAAAUCAACCAUCGUCUGCAAGGCCGGCACCCGCCAAAAAAGUGCCACCGUCCCAUGUCGGUAGAAUCUUAAUUGUUCUAGGAAACAUUUGCAGGACUAUAGAAAACCUCUCUGUUAGUAUCAAGAUGCGGCCGCUAUUCCUCAUGAAAUUCCUAACAAUAUUUAUGGGCUUGCUGGUCUUGCUCAGUAGAAGGGGUGUACAGGACAUGAUCAAAAGAUCAUGGACCAAGGUUAGGCAAACGGGAGCCAUGGCUGGCAAGGUCACUUAUAUUUAG